AGGGAAACGAGUCGCGUGUGGAUAAAUAAAUCUGUGGGAAAAUGUCCGUGAAAGUGCGCGCUCUGAGGGGGCUCGUGCUGGACAGACUCUCUGCGGCCGCGGACGAGAUUUUUGCGCUUUUUGAACGCACGUUUGCGCAAUAUGAAGAGGAGAUUCUGCGGUCCAAAUUGGCGCAACAACCUCGAGAUGAAGGUAAAGAUCUGCACGAGCAACACGAGAUCCGGUCGGUAAACGUGAGUGUGGAAAUCUGCUCCGACCGAGUUGUGAAGGAGGAACCAGCCAGCCCAAAGCAAGACGUGAAUCCACCGUCCGUCAAACUCGAAUGUCCUUCCCCCUCUCGGAAACCUAAAGAACCAGACCCGGCCGAUGAGCGGGAAAGACAGGCGGGAAAUUUAACCAGAGAACAGUGCGAUGGAGAGGAGCCCGGCCACAGCGUGGACCCCCGUUUGGACGACAACAAAAGACCUUACAGCUGUUCAGACACGGACGAUUCAGCCGACUGGGCAGAGGAAACGAGCAAAUGUGGCGGACAAGAGCUUAACCCAAGUCUUGUGAAAGAUUCUGCAGAAAAUCAUCUACGUGUGGUCAGCUGUGAUCAUAUUUUUAGUAGUAACGCUGUAGUAAAUUACGGAGGGACGUCUCUGGACCAAACUCUUCGAUGUCCUCAGUGCUGCAAGGUCUUUAAAAGCGCAGAAGCUUUACAGAAACACGUCCCGAGACACGCGAGGAAAAAAGAAUUCAUUUGUCAAAUCUGCAACAAAGGUUACUCCACCAGGUCGAGUUUCAGAAAGCAUCUCCACCUCCACAGCGAGAAGAAACCGUUCAUGUGUUCGUUCUGUGACCGCGGUUUCGUGCGGCGGCAGAAUUUCGAGGAGCACACGAGGAUUCACACGGGAGAGAGACCCUUCAGCUGUUCGGACUGCGGGAGGAAGUUCAGACACAAGAACGCGAUCAUUAGACACGUGUUGUCACAGCACAGUAAAGAGAAGCCCUACUCCUGCCCCGUCUGUCAGAAAGGCUUCGUCGAAAAUAAACACUUCGGUGCUCACAUGAGGAAGCACCAUUCGGAGACCAUUCGGGCGUCCAGUCUGUGGUCAGGCCUUUCCUGAAAGAUCUGGAGCUGGAUCAGAACUAGUAUUUGAGCACAGAGACUAAAAUACACCAAUGAACCACUGAGGGAUCACACAGAUAUAUUAGCCACGUUUACAUGAGAGCUUUAAUUCCGAAUUUAAAUCAUUUUUAUUCAGAAUUAAAUUAAUUCUGCUUUAAAAAGACCAUGUAAACACUUAAUUCCUAAUAAAAAAAAUAUUAUCCAGAAUUAAACUUCUGAAUUCUGAAGUAAGUGGGUGGUUUAUUCUGAUUUUAAAGCCGAAUUAAUUUAUUUUUCGAUCAUGUAAACCAGUAGCCUUCUUCGUACAAACUGUGUGACCUCGCAGCGUUAGGAUUCGUUCGCUCGACAGUAGGCGGGGACUUUUUUUAUUUAACCAAUCGCUGCUGUUUGGUCGUGACGUAUGUAAUGCUCUGUUGACAGGACUAACUGGAAUAUUAAGCUUUUCCAAAAUCCUGUAGGAAGAAGAACAAUAACGUCUUUUACUUUGAUAAAAUUCACCAAACAUUUUCUUUGUUCCGGCUUUAAAUCCUCAAUCUCGGGAAUCGUUGACAACACUGAAUGUCUGUCUCUUCUCUGAUUGGCUGAUGCCUGAACUCGCACUUCCGGGGUUUUUGCGAACCGUCUAGUGCAGACAUGUCAAACUCAGGCCCGGGGACCAAAUUUGACCCACGAUAUAAUUAUAU